CGGCGCACUGUGUCGCACGACGCGCAGAAAUAUUUUCAAACAGUACUGCUCUGAACGGGAAAUUUCUAUAUCGCCGCGAGGAUAAAGAUUCGAUCGUGCCAGCACGUAGUUGUACAGCAACCACCUCCGUGCUAUCCACAACGCAAAGUGUGUUGAUUUUUGUUGACCUGAACAAAACCUGGCACGAGAACCUGUGGCCCGUGGUGACGCGCGUGGUCCUCGGCAAGACGAAAAGUGGUCCUCCACCUGCUGAAGCUGCGCCGGCGACAAAAACUACAGGCCGAAAUAUGAGGGAAGACCGAGAAAAACAGCUACAGCAGCAAAAGCAACCCCGUCGUGCAGGGCACCCCACAGUGAAUCACCAUGCCGAAGAUGAAGAAGACCCUGGCUUGUUUUCUUUAUGCCUGUACAAGGAGGUAAGUAAAACUAAGAAGCACCAUGCUGAUGCUAUUUGUUCAGCAUGAUGGAGCUUGUAGUUCUUCAACAAACAUGUUGCACACCUUGUUUGAUGUCUACGAAUACAGUGUGUGUUUGACUCACGACUUCUCUCCCGCAAGAAUUUAUUCGGGCAAAACAAGUUGUCGCUAAUCAUAACGUUGUUCCGACGCAAUAGGAUCGAAGUCAAAUAUUGUAUACAAUGCAAAGGUAGCAUUCGACCUCCAGCGUGUGGAAGCCAGGAAGCCGGGUGAGGAGCCAAGGUUUUUCCCCGAGAACGUGUGCAUGGUGCCAUCCCUUGUCUGCCGCGUCGAGCCGUUACACCGGUUUUUCUAUUUUAUUUUUUUUGAAAUCGUGUAGUCUUGCGUGUUUUUCAGCAAAGACACUCAAUUAGCAUACCAUCGUGGUCCAAUGCGAAUCACGAUGGUAUGCUUGCGACGAACGAAAAGAGUAUAGUUGGAGCUGAGUCCGUUACGGUUCGUUCCGGUUCGUUUCACCGUAACGAACGAAUUUUCGUUCGUUCGUUACGGUUCGUUAUGGUUCGUUUCACCGUAACGAACGAAUUCCCGUUCGUUCGUUACGGUUCGUUACGGUUCGUUUCACCGUAACGAACGAACUUCCGUUCGUUCGUUAUGGUUCGUUACGGUUCGUUUCACCGUAACGAACGAGCUCGUCACGAGCCGGCACGCCGGAACGAACGAAUCUGAUUAUGUGAAAAAGACGUCCGUGCGUGAACACUGCAAAAGGUGAAAGCUUCCUCGUCGUCUUUCCACGAGAUGGCGAAGAAGAUUCGGCGGCUCGGCAGUGUUGUCGUCGUAUCCGGUGCUGGCUUUGUGCUUUUUUCUUACUUUAGCGAGCAAGUCCGUUGAGAGCUUCGGGCAGGCGGUUGCUCGUCAAAGAGAAAUGCGGCGCCAUACUCGUCUCCGUGGUCCGAGCGGGGCCCUGGGCGGCCGUCCGAGUAUGGCGAGGUCAUACGCGUGCUCCUCGUGUUCUUCUAGGCGGGGCCCUGGGCAUCCGAGUGAGCCGGCCCGGCUCGGUACUAGUGUGGGGGCCAAAAAAUCCUGCAAGCGUGUCCUCCACGCGGGCGGCCCCGAGGUGCGUCGUGGUUGCUGCCUGUUCUUGGCGCACGUUGCGCAGCUGACGGUCAUGGUUAGUGGGCGUCGAGCAUAUAAAUCGAGAAUACCCUCCUGCGGAAUAUUUCCCGCGGCGGUAUCCUGCAUUUAUAAACUUGCUCGGUACUAGUGUGGGGGCCAAAAAAUUCUGCAUGCGUGUCCCCCACGCGGGCGGCCCCUGGGUGCGUCACGGUCGCUGCCUUUUCUUGGCGCACGUUGCGCAGCUCACGGUCAUGGUUAGUGGACGUCGAGCAUAUAAACCGAGAAUACCCUCCUGCGGAAUAUUCCCCGCGGCGGUAUCCUGCGUUUAUAAAUUUUACUUUGGUCUUUUGUGGAUUGGUGUGCGCCGAUCACGAGCCGGAACGGGCGACCGAAAGCCCACGCGUUCGCUCGUUUGGUCGUUAACGGACCCCGCGAAGCACUUCGUUCGCCCGUUCGUUCGUUACGGGAAAACGAACCAUAACGAGCUCACGAAAGUCCGUUCGUUCGUUCGUUCGUUUGGUCGUUAGCGGACCCGCGAAGCCACUUCGUUCGUUCGUUACGGUGAAACGAACCAUAACGAACGAACGAAUGAACGCAAAUCCCUUCGUUCGUUCGUUCGUUCGUUUGUUCGGCUGCCAGACCCGGACGCGUUCGCUCGUUCGUUACGGGGAAACGAACCGUAACGAACGAACGAAAAUGCAUUCGUUCGUUCGUUCGUUCGUUCGGAUGCCAAAGCCAGUGCAUUCGUUCGUUCGUUCGUUUGUUCGUUCGGAUGCCAAAAACGGACUCGUUCGUUCGUUCGUUCGUUACGGUGAAACGAACCGUAACGAACCGUAACGAACGAACGGGAAUUCGUUCGUUACGGUGAAACGAACCGGAACGAGCCGUAACGAACGAACGAAAGUUCGUUCGUUACGGUGAAACGAACCGGAACGAGCCGUAACGGACUCAGCCCCAACUAUAUUGGACGAAAAUUUUGAAAUGCUGCAACAGUCACGCGAAGUCGUCAUUUUCGUCGGAAUCAAAUACGCAUAAACGCCACUAUACCGUCCUAGUUCGUUUUACACAAAUUUUGAUCCGUUGUAGGUAAAAAAUGUAGAUAAAAAAUGUUCAAUGUUUACGUGUAUUUAUAACAAUUUUGAUUUUCUUUUUUGUCCCACGCACCAAACACAAACAACUACUCACUCGCAAUUCGCAUCAAUGCCGAUCAGUCCGAAUCUUACCGAAGUGGAUCCUCAGCACGAAACCCGAGAUUGUUUGCAUGCAAAUUUCAGGUACCGUUGCGAAGUGCAACAGGUGAAAGAUCGACGAAAAAUCGCGACGGAGGACGAGGGUACAACGAGUCUCGGUGGCACUGACCCUUUCUCUGCGACCGGUGGAGCGGCCGCUGGAGGUCCCGUGAAUACACUGGUGCCGCCGCCCGUGGCUCGCAAGAAGAAGCGGAAAAACAAAAAACCGAAAACGGCAGGCAGUGGCGCAAGUGCUGUCGAGGAGCUUCUAGAAGAGGCUGAUAGAGCAGAUCUUGAGGAAGUGGAGACCUCUCCUGUCGCGGCCGGCAAAGCAGAGGGCCGCGAUGCCACCAGAGAUGAAGGAGGCGACUCUAGUUCUGUUCUUCCAGACAAGACCAAGAGCCCCCGGUCGAGGCUGACAAUCAGAGAACCGGACGCCGUCGACAGCAGUUGCGACGUCGGGAGUGCGGCGACACGACCCUUGCAAGUGACCAGGCUCGAUGCUGAAGCUGAAGCAGAAAAUCUUCAGCGCAUAGUACAAGAACAGGCGAAAAAUCUCGUUCGUCCCGAGGAAGUAGUUGCAGGUGUGACUGAGACGCAAGUGUUGACAGGUCUUGUUCCACUUCCCGCGGCCGGAGCACAAGAAACCUGCGGCGCCAGUUCACGGGGCUCCUUGUUCAGCGACGAACAAACGAGAAGCACGUCAAAGCAAAAUAUUCAAGGGGGACCAGAAGAGGACGAUGCAGGAGAUGAACAACCGCCGCACGAACUAAAACAGAUCCGACCCCGAAAACUUCCCAUCGCACUUUCGUCGCCACCACUGUGUCUGGACUCGCCGGCCGUGGUCCUGGAGGCCGCUUUUGAGGGCGAUACUGAAGGCGAUUCGCGGCGCGCGCAAGAUCGAGAAGAAAAAAAACUCGUCGCGGACUCUACAGCCGAGGGCAAGGAGGAAACGAAGAAAGCCGCCGUCAAGGUGGAAAUGCUGCCCGGGAACUCUGCGGAGUCGAGCGUGGAUCCGGCCCCGAAGUCGAAUCUGAACAAAAGUGGUUGUGUGAAAAUCACUUGUGCAGGACCUAUGGCGGACAGGCAAAAGCCUCAGUUUGUGCAGAAACAAAACGUCGAAGCUAAUUGCCCGGAACGACGCGGAACUGAGGCGGAAGGCGAAGGAGGACAAGUCGGAGCGGGUCGGGCGAAGGACAAGCACUCUGUGGCCACACAAUGUGACCACGAGCUUGACGGCCGUUCGGGCGUCGUCGGGUCUUCUGACGUUCUUCUAGGACAAGAUUCGGGAGAACAACAGGUAGUUCUUUCCAGCACCACGGAGUUGUUACCCGCGAGAAACACGCCUCCCGUCCGUGAAGAUUCGCCCGCGAUACGGUUGGUGACGCCAGAGGGCGGUGGACAUCAAGAUCCUCCUAGUCGAUCUACAGGUAGUUCUUCCACAGCAAGUAGAGCCCACGACGUUCUUGAGGAUUCUUUACCAAGCGGGCGGGCGGCGCUCCAUAUAAUUACCGCCAGUACAAUCUCCGCGGACGACUCGACGGCCGUCCUCAGUGCAGAGCAGGCGAAGGAAGAAUCUCUGAGUACCGGAGACGCGGGGAGCUCCAGCUGGAGCCCGGAAUCGGACGUGAAUUCGGAAACUGGAGCAGUUUUGUCGGACAAUCCGGCGGAGGCGGAGGUUGUUCAAAGCACGACCGCAGUCCUGACAACAACUUCAGUACGACAUCGAGGACUACGUGAAGAUUCGCAGCGGCAGCCUGCGAAAGAUCUUGAUCUCGAAGAAAGACCACCACUUGAUGUUCUUCCCUCCACGACAGUACAAGUGCCGGUAGGAACUACUACCGCUAAGGAGGACGCGACGACGAGACAUUGCAGAGGGCUGCAGCAGGUCGAGGAGAAAGCGCUGGCUCUGCAUGGAGUGGGCCAGCACCUGUCAGCCCCUGCAAGAGCUGCAGCCCCGGCCAGUAGUACUUCUAGGAACCCUCCGCGUCCUCGCGCUGGCAGCACUACAAGUUCUCCUACUCUGCUGCAGGAAAUGACGGCAGAAGUUGUUCUUGACAGGAGACGUGCAGCUCCAUCUGCGCACAAAAAUUGUGCUGAAAAGGAGUUACAACUUGCUCCACCCGACGGGCGUAGCAAUUCCUGUGUGGUAGAAGACCUACCCGCCACUGGUUCUUCAGAAGUCCAGCGUUGUUCGGUUGUGGUCGACGAUCGGAAUACCACGACCAGCAGAAGGAGCUGCUCAUCCGAAACGGCGGAUAUAGUGAUGAAAGGUAGUUGUACCAAAAGAGCAGAAGUUGCCAGUACUUCUUCGCCGAGGCAAACUCGGACUUUUAACCAGUCCGUGAUGAACUCGGAUCGUGGGCAGACCUGCACGACUGCAACUUCUGGUGGGGCUUUAAGUGCAACGCGGAGUGGCGAGUCGCUGCCGUCGCUGCACUAUCAAAACAUGGUGCGCAGCCGGAGCGGCUUGGACUUCGAAGAGUCUAUCGUGUCUCGGUCCGACGCCGAGGAACUACUGCCGGAGGUCAGCACGACCUCCCACCGGGACGACGCACCUUUUUUGCAGGUACAAGUUUGCUUGUCAAGUGGCGGGCGCGGGCCUCCUAUCGUGCACAAGGAGCAGGUCUCACUUGCGAGCCUUUGCAGAGCCCGCAUCGCAGGUGCACGUCGUGUUUGUGAUGCCGACACCCAGACUGAGCACAUUACAAAGGUAGAGGAGGUCCCGGCAGAAAAUCGCCCUGGGUGCGGCAUUUCAUCGACACCUGUUAGCUGUUCCACACCGCAUGCACGCCCCGAAGGUGAUUGCGCUUUUGAUUUUGUCCCCGAAGCGCUUGCGGGCGCGGCAACAUUGAACGCAGACAGGGGGAAGCCCUUCGCGGCAGACGCAGAAUUAGUGGGUGGGGAGAAAUUUGUUUUGCCAACGACCGGAACGACCCAGGGUGUGCUGCAGCAAACCCGGACUUUCGAGAUCACCUCGUUGCACACCUGGAACUUACUCUUUCAGGCCCCGCAGGUCGCGCAGCGUGGUUGGGAAGGAAAAGGAGGGAAGAAGAAUGCGACGAAUAAUAAAUGCAGCAACGGAGGAGCUAUCCCUCGAAAGAACUAUUUCACUGUGAUGAAUGUUGCAAGAUCUGCGUCACAAGUCUGUUACAUAUGACACAGAAUAUUUGCCAUGCGCGCUUCCCAAGGGAAAUAAGCACGCCGGCAAAUCCAAUGCUUUGCAGAUGUAGUAAAGACAGGAUACACUUUGGCGCUCCUUUUUCUCCAUCACAAGUUCAGAGUGAAACUGCAGUUUUUUCUUGCGAUAGGAGCAGCAGCUACGUCUUCAAGCACGUCGAUCGGUGGUGUGCAGUCCCUGCAGCAUCCACCAAAGACGACCAAGAAGUUUCAAAAGUAUCUUCGAGACUAUAAGCUGGAAUUGAAUUCCAGUUCCUGCCCGGCUCUCUCCUCCUCAUGUGGUGCUUUCGCAAGAAAAAAUGCAGCAAUCGCGAUGAACUGCGGUGGAGCUGCAAAGCGGGAUAAAAAGGAAGGCACGAAGAUGAAAAAGGGGCCUGCGAACAGUGUGAAAACGGUUUUCAGCCAGAGCCAGGCGGGCGUGACUGCGUCCACCGUGCUUUCGGAAGCAGAAGGAGAGACCUCCUCGCAGGGGGCCCACCUCCCCGCGGAACGAACCGAGGGUAAAAAUGAGCUGACUCUCACGAUCACCGGCAGCGAGACGGACCUGCGACAAUUUGAGCAGAACGUCCUGCAAAACGAGUGCAGAUUCGAAACGUUUCGGCUCCGAGGCGGCCAUCAAAGCGUUCCUCUCUCCCCGAGAAGUAGAUCCUCCGAGUUUACAAGCACUCUAAAAAUAUCAAAAUGAAAAUAAAUUCCUCCCGCUCCUUGCCACAUAACGAAAUCAGUGACGCCGAAUUUUCUGCAGCGUAUAAAAAUCAUCUUUAUUGUCUUGCAGCCGGGAAUCGCAGGUUGCACGCUGGUAUCAAUCAUGGGGAUUCUUGCGUACGAUGUGUGUUAUUUCGCAUGGCGGGCGGCUGCCAUCAUGAAAGUCUAACAUCAAUCAGCCGCGCAAUGUAUGCGACGGACAUCUCUGGCAUCGCCUUCUUCUUGCAAGACAGAGGCGAAGAUUUGUGGUCCCGGAUGGGCAGCGCAGAUUUCCGCUUCGGGUAUGGGGAGGGGGAAAUUUUCCCGACCAUGCACUCCACCUCACGACCAGCAACCGGAGCAAGACCACGAGGGACCAGGAAACAAGCAGAGCGAGCUGCGUCUACAACCCGGUGAUGAAGAUCCUGAUACGAGUAGCAACAUUGCGGAAUAUCAAAAAGGAAAAGCCACCCCUUCCCACACAAAAAACAAAGCCUCUGACGCUACGGAUGGGAUCUGUAUUGCUGGAUGGAACUGCAGCCAGAUGCUCGGCCUUACCGGGCAUAGUGCACCCCUUGGAUCCUGCACCCUCCCGGGCACGGUAGCGCAGUUUGUUAAGCAUGACAAAUCGCCUCCAUAAUACGACGCAUACAUACCCCUGCGCUUGCCUUCUUGCAAGGCAGAAGCGAUGCGUGGUUACUUACAAAUCUGCGUCGCGAGUUUUCCUGUCAGGUAUGGGAUUGGGAUUUUUUCUCACAAUAUGCAAGUCGGGUUUUUUAUGUUCCUCUCCGACUCGAAGGCGGACGCGGAAGGUGCCUUGAAUACCAUAUUGAGGCAGGUUAUCAAAUGCACGUAUGUCUGGGUCUGGAGGGAGAGUGCAAGAUUUGCCAUGCAUCGCACGGACCACGCACAUGGUCUGGAAUGCUCACAGAUGAAGAAGCGUCGCAGAUCUAUUUGCUGGAUCGUCCUCAUGCCUAUCACCACGCGUGAGAUUAGUAAUCCGCCUGUUUUUGCCCAGCAUGAACUGAGCAACAUUUGGCGUUCAUCCAACACAGCUUUUUGUGAUGGAGACCUCGCAUGAUUGACAAGCUGCAUCCUUCCAGAUCCAGACAUAUUUGCAGCCGCCAUACUGGUCGCACAAGAAAAUCGAUCUUGUACUGGCGGCGAACAAGAUCAGGAUGCACUAUUAAGCAAGAUGCGCCAGCAGGACGACGUCGAUAAAGUAGAUAGCACUGCAACAGAAAAAGUAGAACGCCCGACGUUAACCAAGAAGUCGUGUGAAGGCCCAGUGCGACAUAUCCUGUGUAAAAAGUUCCCCACCGCAGAGCUGUCAUGCAAGUCUGCAUGCUCGGGAUAUUUCCUAUGCGACUCUCCAUGAUGAGAGGUAUUAUCCAGUGCCGUUUGGGAAUCUACUAUCAUGCGAUAAUCAAGAUGAUAGCGUGGAUUUGCGGUGCGUCUGGACUAGCUAGGCUAGACUACUGUUCUACGUCCACAUAGCCAAACCUGUCACGCAUAAAUUCCAAAAAUUCUGGACCCGCCUCACAAAGGUCCCCACUUACCUCUGCAGCGAGGGCAUUAUUCUUGUUGAGGAUAAAACAAGCCGCGACUUCUACUAAGAGCGCGGUCUCCCACUUCCAGAUUCGGCUUCUGGCCGACCAGAAGGAAAUCCUGCUGAGAGGCAGUCGCGAAUGCUGCGCAACAGCAACGGAUCUGCUUGAGAGGUGCUUUCGCGAAAACAAGAAAGAGGUGCUGGCGCGCGGAGCCGCUUUUUUUGCAGGGGAGGCUCGGACCCGGGACGCGAAAAAGUUGUCCGAAGAGGUGCGCAAACGUUCCACGCUCAACGCUAACGCCCCCGCGUUCUAUCCCUCCUCCUCGUCGGGACCACGAACUAGUGCAGCUAGAAGCGGUAGUUGCCAUCUGUUCCUCCAAAAUGGUAUGAUUCAGGAUCAUUGCAACCACGCGCACCAGCAGGUGGUACCAGAACAGCUCGCGCCGCAGCUCGUAGACGCUCCACGGGAACAGCAGCAUGAGGCCAACAAAUCGAUGUUGAGUGGUGUAAUCUUCCCUGAAGUAGGAACAACAAACCGGGCGAAAAACACCAACGGUAGUGUGUGGGGCCCUACUCCCGUUUCCGAUAGUUGUUCAGGGUCGGCAAAUACUUCUAGAUGUGAAGUGUAUUCGGACCAGUAUCCGCCUCUCGGAAAAUCGAUGUCGUCGCAGCUGUUGACAAAUAUGAUAUUCUGUGUGGAAACGCCCCCACCCCAGCGCCACAAUUUGGUGGAUUUUGCAACACAUCAAAGCCAGGAGUUUUGGGAGUCUUCAACACGCAUGAGAUUUUUCUGUUUGUAGAGUAGUGCACCUUAGCUAGUGCAGCCGCAUCAGGAAUUGAUCUUCACCUCAUCCUGAUAAUAGCAUGACAAAUUACAUCAAGCCAAGAUGAGAAAAUGGUGUGGCCGCGCACGUUAAAACAUGGUAGGCAUGCGAACUUACAUGACAACUACUCUAGGAUAGGGACCUUGUUACUCAGGAUAUUAUACUUGCACAUUUGUUCUUCCGGACGGUGGAGUUGCAACUUCUGGCGCCACGACCGAGCAUUUGAUGACAAUGGUUCAAGAGCGGUGCGGUCCUCCUUCUGAUACUGUGGGUGCCUCGGUGGACGAUCAUGAUGGACUAGUACACGACCACGAAGUAGGACAACUGCAGCGACAGGAGCAAAGACCACGUACUUAUAUUGAUUUUGAUCUGCCCAGGCCUUACAAUGUUGAUCUCAAGCCGCGUCAGAGGUACAUAAAGAACAGAAUCAUUUUGGACUUUCUCUAACCAGAAGAGCAUGAGAAGCAUACAGCGCAAAGUAUUUCGCCGGAUUCUUCUAGUGACUUUUGAUGUCACUCCAGAAAGCUCGUGGCACGCGCACUUGUUCAUUCUGUAGUGCACUUUUUCAUCUUUUUGCAUCAGAGAUUCUAAUAAAGAAAUGUAUCUUCCAUCGCUCAAUAUAUUGAUCUACUAACAGCGGGGAUUGUAGCACCUGAGGGGGUCAUACAACAAGACCUCGUCGUCGACGAUGACGCGUCGGGUUCAAAAUCCUAUGCAAAGAAAAAAUGUAUACAGUUACACAUUGCAGUGUACAACUAGAUAUAAGCAAGACAGACAUCAACCUUGCAAGCCUCGUCUCAACAUGAGUACUUUCCUUUGUGAGCGUGUUCGACACACCGUAUAGUUUUCUUUGGCAUGCAGGACAGGUUUGUGUUGCUGAAGUUGCAACUACAAGUGUGUAACUGUAUAUAAACAGUUCUUUCUUGGGAUGAAAAAUCCGAUGCAGCAGGCGUCAAUGAACACUCUCACGAGCCGCGCUGCGUGGUCACGACAAAUACCAGUACAAGUACUUCCGACCAUAAUGGCACGACAUAUCAGAAUCCUGCUGUCUCGCGCCCACCAGAAACGGCCGCCCUGUUCCCGGAGGACCAGCAUGGAGCUAGUACUAUUAGUGCAAUACCUCCAAUCCUCGCGGAACAAGCGUCUAAAGAUGUUGUCCCGUCAAAGCCAUGCCUCGCGGUGGAUGACCAAGUGGCCUCCUCCUCCGCACCUGCGACGGCGUGCUCGGCACAGGAUCUGCUGUAUGAAGCAGCUGGUGGAACAGGAACGCGUGCAAGCAAGAGUUCUGGUCCUCGCUGCGCCGGACCGUCGGCUGCUCAUGGUCAGGAUGAAGAGGAAAAAAGCAGGACGUGCCUGGUGGGCCAGGAGAGUACUACAGUACUCGCCGCAAGGACAAAGGACAGCUCCCACCUCUCCAGCGCAGAGGACGGGGGAGGAGCCACGACGGACACGGCUGCACAGAUGAAUUCUGCUACAGGGCCGCAAAAUGAUGAUACCACUACUAAUUCUUGCGAUGAUGAUCAGAAUGCUUUGACAAGAACUCAUCUAGCGCCAUCUGCUUGUGGUCCACCUGGCACUUCUUGUACUAGCAACAGUGGCGCGCCCGGCGACGAACAAAAGGACGGAUCGGUGUUGUCGUGUAGGAAGACUUUUGUGGAAUUUGUGCCCGCAGCUUCGGCAUCUUCAAAUGGUACUACGACAGUGACAAAUGGCUAUAAUGAUUUCAUCUUCCCAUGUGAUCUUCCAAUAUCGAACGUUCGCGGUACUGUCGGUAGCACCGCGAACGUGCUAGUCCAGCAGGGUGUGGCGCAAGUAGACGGGCUCGGACAGGAGCGCGAGCUCUAUCACGACUAUGGCUCCAUGUUGGUUGCGGGAGAUUGCUCACAGCACCAAGGCCCGCUGUAUUACAACUACCCUGGUGCAGCUUCUUAUGGGAGCGACGGCAACCUCUACCGGCAUCAGGACACUCGGUAUGCUGAGUGAAGAAAUGCCCCUGGCCCCUGAUAGUCAAGCUGGCAGGUAGCUUUCCACGCAAGCCACGAAGCUUUGGCUCCUGCGCAUGAUAACUUAGCUGGUUGUACUUGGGUCUCGACGUCUAGUGUGCUUACGACUAGUUGGCGCAGGCGCAUCACAUAAAAUACAUUGACUUCCUUAUCCUAUGUGACUUUCAAGCACGAGAGCUACUAUAGAUACCAGCUACCAGCUAGCAACAGAAAAUGCUUCAUCUCAUGCUCGUGGGGCUCCUGUGCAUGAGACACAAGUUGGUUGGGCAUGCAGAUUUGCGUGGCAAGUAAAGAGAUUAUCUCGUGCAGGGGACGUUUGUACUCAGGACACUCGGUUGUGCAACUACGAGAUGAACUACCAGGACGGGGGUCGCGGAGGUUACGGGACCUCUUUCCUUGACAACCAAAACUUCUACACGGAUAACAAUUUCUCCGCGUCGACAUCCUAUAGCAGCAGUGCGGCUUUCACAUUCCCGGGGGACGCCGCCAACUACGUGCAGCCUGGCAUGCUACAGAUGCAACAGAAUGACAGCGACAAUCAUAGUAGUUCUACUGCUUUUUCAUAUGUAGUGAGGUCACGAACGUUCUAUCCUAGGUGUUUUUUUGACAUGCAGUGCGCAAAACGACCGGCAGUUACUAAGCGGGCGGAAGUGUUUUUGGAUAUAAAAAAUUUUCAAUUAUCAAGCUGGCGGGGCUUUGCCAUCAAACAAGCCCGAGCCAAUUCUAUCGAUUCCCGCUUGAUAAAACGACGCAGGGGAGCCGGCAAAAGGGGCGCCCUUCUGAGGCGCCCACCGCCUUGGUUUCUGGCGGUUUUGGGCGCCCAAAAAGGAGCGCCCAAAAAGCAGCAGCCCGAAAAGAACAGCGAAUCCGCAUGGUAUGGGCCUCAUUUUGGCCCACAUUCGGGCCCCGCAAGAGACGCCACCAAAAUCCGCCAUUUCAGAGGCGGGCUAAAGGCCAGAAGAUGCGGCAUUUUAACAAAAAAACAAAAAAAAACCAAAGUCCGCCAAAAGCAAAAAGCCAGCCUGCAUGUUAUGGGCCCGAUUUGUGGCUCCCAAGGGGCCGACCCUGGCGGGGGCCCUGGCAGGUCCAUAGCAUGCGGGAAAGGUUUUUCGAUUCGAAAACAAAUGAAGGCCAGCUCUGGAUCGAGAUUUUUAGCGACCGCCGUGCCGUUGUGCAUAACAUUACUCACGAUGGCAUGCUGGGCAGAGAAGUCGCGUCUUUUUUUGGCGUGAAGACAAAAAAACAGCCAUGACCUCACUGCCCCCGCUGCGGCGGCUAUUAUUGGUCGUGGCAUCAAUAUAAUGCUCGCACUCCUGUUCUCUUCGGUCCUGCGACAGACCGUUUUGAUUCGUCAGGCUCCUUCGAGACGGCUGGCACAAGUACUGCGCUUGGCGGCAGAUUUGAUGUGUUGUAUCGUAAGGAAAAAUCCCCCCUCCCCAUAUCGGAAACGAAAGACGCGCGAAUUUGUAAUGCUGUAUUUGAAGUACACAAAUCAACUUGUAUUGCUAGAAGGCCAAGAGACGAAGCUGCGGCCUAAAUUGCAGGUAAUCUGUCAUGCUGUUUCCCACUUACAGUUGCCUCCUGUCAUCCUGGAGCUGCAAGGCUUUCCCCCGCUAGACAGCACUACAGUCCGCAUCUUUUGCCUUCUAGCAUCACAAAGCUGAUUUGUGACCACAAAUCUGCAUCACAGAUUUCCGUUUUGAUAUGGGGAGGGGGCAUUUUUCAUUGUAAUAUGUUGCCGUGUGCGGCCAUAAACUUCGCUGAAACGCUGGACCCGCACGAAACCAACCUGGUCGCCGCGCAUCAAGUGGCGACGUCUAGUGGUUGCCAUGUCCACCUCGCCCAACACCGGUGGAGAGUGACGCUGCGGCCGUUGGCGGGCGACAAUCGAGCCUUCAAUGCGGUCACGCACGGUCUGCUUUCCAUCUACCCGAUUUUGCAGAAUCUAGAGGACGGCCUUCGGUACGAGGAGAGGUGCUUCAAAAACGGAUUGCUAUACCAGCAGCACGGCGGGGGAAGUAGAAGUAGUGCGAGGAGUCGAGAGGUGAAUAAUAGACGGAAGACGAAAGGAGCGGCCGCAGCGGCUAAAGCAGGAGUAGUUGCCCUGCAGCACCAGCAGGUGGGCACUGACUAUUGUAAACCGUCUUUUUCGUUUCAAUCGAAUGAAAACGACUACGACCCUCUUCGGUUAUCCGAGCACUGCACCAGUAGAACCUCCGUGAUUUCCUUCUCAUUUGAUGAGAAUAAGCUGCACAAACACAAACAUACGAGAAAAACGCCCUCUGGUAGAUGUACGAAUGGUCAUGCAUCAAGUAGAACGCAGUUGAAAAGAAAAUUAUAACUGCAGAGAACAAGAAAUACGCACACGUCGAAGAUGAUUCUCUGCAGUUUAUUAAUUUGCAUGAAAGAAUGCGGAGGAGUGGAAGUUCGAGGUUCGGGACACUCGCAUAUCGUUUCCUUUUGGACUAUUUCACGGCGCCCUGUGCCCCACUUUUGGAGCCACUGGACCUCGAUAAGGCCUUCUUCGGUGUCUCAAGUGGCAGAAGUGCGAAUUCAUCUUGUUGUGCGACGAGAACUACCACGAACCCAAGUGGUAAAAAACCUGCGUCCACGUCUAAUAUCCUGAGAAAGAAGUGUUUAUACAUAGAAGAUAGAGUAGUUUUUUUUUACACAUUUAAAUGUAACAAGAACUUCAGCAACACAAAAAGCUUUCUCUGCUGGACAGAGAAAAAAUAAACGUUGCAUUUCCAUUUUUGCAGAGAUCCUAUAGGAAGCAAAGAAAACACGUAGGAAGAAGCCAAUAGGCUCCCCAAUGUCGUAUCCAGCAUCUUGACAGAUCUUGUCUGUAUUGCUCGGCCUGCAAGAACACAAUGCGUGAGUGUAAGUACACUUUUUUCGUUGCAUAUUGACUUUUACCCGCGGCAAACAAGUUGUAGAAGGCAAAAAACAACCUCAGCCCUCCGCCUCGACGACCACGGUGCCAAAAAACAAUCGCAACCUUUCCUCGAUACUGCAAUUUCUGUUGCGGAACGCGCACGCAAGGAUCAGUCAAGCCGUAGAGGUCUGCGGUAUGGAAAAGCUCAUGACACCGGGCGAUUCAACAUCUUCUGCGUCCGUAGCGGACGAUGAUGACCAAGUGGUGACUACAGCAGCGAAAGACAUUCCCUCAACGUGCAUGAAGGAUCCAGCAGCUGCCUCUAGUACAUCUGUGACUGCGGCCGUUCCGUCCAAACAAGGAACGGCAAAAAUAAAUGCCAGAAACCGCCACAGCGGCUCCAAAGAAGGUUCGGAGUUGUCGGAAAAUAAGAAAAAGUGUGAACCGGUGGAGCGGCAGUUGUUGCCUGAAAAUAGCGAGAUGGGUCAUCUUCAAUAUCCCCCGCGUGCUAUUUUCUUCGUGCCCCGUGCUGGGGAAGAUAGUGGACAAGAGAAAUCCCUGGAUAGCUCAAGAACCGGCGCGAUCGUCAAGAACGCCUCCGAUGUUGUUGAAAACAUUGCGUCUCAGCGAAUUCUUGAGAAGGCGCACGCCAAGCAGAAGCAGGAGCAGCAUGCACAGGAGGACACCAAAAAAGCACCGAAAGGAAAACUACCUUCGUCUUCAAGUGGCGACGACGAUGAAUCAAAAGCUGAUAAACCAGGCAGCCGGACGACCAAUGAAGCGACUACUGGAGAUUUCGAGGAGCAAGAAGAAAACCGAAGCCGCCCCUUGGCAACAUCGCCGUUCUCUUCGCAGCGGAAAAGCCGGAAAUUAGUACAUGGCAGCAACGCUGGUAUGACGAUCGUUCCGGAGCAUAUCUUCUACGAACCCUGCAGCAAUGCGUACAAACCGAUCUUCUGUGCGGAGCAGGCAGGCACAGCGGAAAGAACAAGCGGUGCUCUUACGGAUGAUGUCUUGUUCUCGAGCGGAACUAGGUCAAUCGAGAAAGCGAACAAAACGACCUUCCCUGGUGCUAGUGCGUCGUCCUCCAUAUUGGAUGACCCCCAUGAGCUGCAAAAUCGACACUGCAAUAGUAGUGCCACCACGACCUGCUGUCCACGACCUACGGCAACAGAUGAUGAGCCGAAUACGCAGACUACCUGUAGGACGUCCCACCUCCACGGAGCCCCAGGCGGGCUAUUCUACUCGCUGACGUGUUUGGUGCUGGAAGUGGAGGAAGGAGUAGCAGAGCAUCAAGAAGAUAUUAACCUGACAUCUUCCGUGUCGGCGAAGGACAGAAAGAUGGCGAAAAGCACGACCAGUCAGCUUAUCUACGCGCAGCAUGCGCAGCAGUGGUUCCGCAUUAAGAACGGCACGGAAAUCACGCCCAGCACCCUGCAAGAAGCAUUGCAUCCUGACGAAUCGGACGACGAGAUUUUUGUGCGGGAACAAGAAAGCCAGCAGGACUAUCAGCAGCAAAGCGAGAGGUGGGUGGUGGAAAACGAGGACUCUUCGAUGAAUUCCAAAACCGUGCCGGAGGUCUUCGCAGAGCAGCGAUCAUCCGCAAAUGAAGAGGAGCGGGCGCAUAACUCUAGAAGUACUGGUACUGCGACACCUGCGAGGACGAUCAGCGUUUUGGCGAGGGGACAAGGGAAGCAGGGACGAGGUCCAGCGGAGGAAGCACACCUCCACGACGCGCGGUUUGAUACUGAUCGCCUUGGUGAAAAAAAUGAAGCACCAAGAACCUCCGACACCAUCGAGACUGCCAGCGCUAGAAGUUCUCGCCAGGCUAGUGGUAACCCGCGCCUCUCGUUCGAGCAACGCGAAGACCGCCGCAAGGCCGCGUUGCGCGGCACUCUGCGAGCCCCCGCACAGCAGCGGAAUGCUGAAGACAUGACGAGCCUUCCGGCGCCAGUUGCGGGUGACGUAGUUGGCAACGACCGGUACGAGGUCAAACGAACACAGACGGACGAGCAGCAGGAAAAUAAUCAAGUCGCGCUUCACGGCGAACAAGCGGCAAAACCGAAAUCUCUCGCCCGCGAUCGCGGAUUCUCCCCCAACCUGCGAGGCGCUGUCGCGCCCCAGCCCGAGCGGACGGGGCCCGAAGUUGUCGACAAGAACUUAUCAAAAUGAAAAAUCCCCCCCCCCCAUAGCAAAACGAAACUUCUGAUGCUGGAUUUGUGUACACAAAUCAGGUUUGUAUUGCAGGAAGGCAUUGCGGCCAGAACCCCGACUAGGUAGGGGCGUAUGGGUCUAGUUGUUCAGCAUGGCAAACGGCUCCCCUUUAGGCCCAACAGUGUGGCAAAUCAAUUCCAUAAUGGGGCGAAAGCCCCUGCCUUUGUCUUCUUGCAAGAAAAAUAUGACUUGCGACCUCAAAUCAGUUGGGGGUGAGGGACCCCCGACGUUGGCCUUUGCUUCCUUAUCCUUUGCUCGAUUACUCUAUUUGGAGGGGCCGCAUCCCCUCUUAGUUAGUUUCUCAACCCGAUCCAACGGUAGAUUAUGUGUGUGCCCGGUAUUGGUGUCUGAUCUUGUUUUUCAUGCGACGCCAAUGCCCCCUUUGUGCCCGGAUGGCACGGAGGACACGUUGCAUGUUCUGGGACCACGCAAAUUCUAGCCUGCGAGGAGGGGGGAGCUAGCAAAAAAAAAGUUGGCCUACGGAUAUCAUGGGGAACUAAGGCUCAAAUCAGCGACACAAAUUUUCGAAGUCAUACCUUUUCAAUAUGGGGAGGGGGGAUGUUUCCUUUUGAUAGAACUCUGCGGUGGUCUACGACGCACCUGGAUCCAUUAGCUCCUGGCUCCUCGGCCAGAACGGCACGGAAAUCACGCCCAGCACCCUACAAGAAGCACUGGAACUACUGGAAUCUCCUGGCGCCAGCACCGAAGUAUGUGCACGGGAAGUGGCGGAGGAUGGAGGAGUAGAUCAGAAGGAAAAAGACCGCUCAGGUCCUCGUCGUGGUGGAAAUAGUACUAUCAAAGCUUGCUACACACCAACUUUGUUGGUCUACGCGAGCGGUAGUUCUUUUUAG